UUUUUUGCAGCGUCCACUCCGCUCACCCCCCCCUCCUCCUCCUGCAAUAUAAAGCGGAGCGUAGCCACCGCUGCUACAGUCCAGAGUUCAGCAGCCGAGUGGAUUUUUCUCUCUCCAGCUUUUCAGUUUCUUAUUUUUGUUCCACAACCGCGACACAAACAAACGAGCGAACCUCUGACUUUCAAGUUAAAAUUUUAACUUCUCCCGGAACGAGCGUUAUAUUCAUUCCCCUUUUUUGGUGGCGCUCAACGUUUUCAUUCGGAUCCGUUUUGGAUUUUACGCACCGGUUUUACAAACCUCGCCGUGGACGCUCCGAGCCUGAACGUCAUGGCGCGGUUGUUGCUGCCGUGUCUCCUGCUGCUUGUGUCGGCGCAGAGGAUCCUCUCCUCCGGCGUCUUCGAGUUGAAGAUCGACUCCUUCACCACCUCUCGCGGCAUCUGUCGCUUCCAGUCCCCGGAUCUUUGCCAGAUCUUUUUCCGCGUCUGCCUCAAACACUCGCAGCACGUCAUCAGCCCGGAGCCGCCAUGCACCUACGGCACCGGACUCACCGCGAUCUUCGGCGCCGACCCCGACUCCAUCUCCCGGAGCGAGCCCAUCAGGGUCCCCUUCAACUUCAAGUGGCCGGGAACUUUCUCUCUGAUCAUCGAAGCCUGGAACGCGGAGUCUUCAGGUCUGGAAUCUACAGAGAACCAGAACAACCUCAUCAGUCGGCUGGCGACUCGCCGGAAGCUGCCCGUUGACGCCAAGUGGUCCCAGGACGUCCACUUCGGGAACCAGACCGAGCUCCGCUUCUCCUACCACGUGGUGUGUAGUGAGUUCUACCACGGAGAGGACUGCUCCGCCUACUGCCGCCUGCGCAACGACACCUUCGGCCACUACACCUGCGACGUAGACGGGAACCGACUCUGUCUGGAGGGCUGGAGGGGCGAGUACUGCUCGGACCCCAUCUGUGCAGCGGGCUGCAGCGAGGACCACGGCUCCUGCGAGGCCCCCGGGGAGUGCGUAUGCCGGCAGGGCUGGAAGGGCGAGCGCUGCGACGAGUGCGCCCCUUACCCCGGCUGCCUCCACGGGACCUGCCAGGACCCCUGGCAGUGCAUCUGCAAGGAGGGAUGGGGGGGCCUGUACUGCGACCAAGACCUGAACUACUGCACCAACCACAGGCCGUGCCAGAACGACGCCUCCUGCACCAACACCGGCCAGGGCAGCUACACCUGCGCCUGCCGACCCGGCUUCACCGGCAUCAACUGCGAGAUCGAGACCAAUGAGUGCGACAGUAACCCCUGCAAGAACAGCGGCAGCUGCAAAGACCUCGUGAACGACUACUCGUGUGCGUGUCCUCAGGGAUUCUACGGGAAGAACUGCGAGAUCAGCGCCAUGACGUGUGCAGACGGGCCGUGUUUCAACGGCGGCACCUGCACGGAGAAAUCCACCGGCGGCUACAGCUGCCGAUGUCCCCCCAGCUACACCGGCUCCAACUGUGAGAAGAGGAUCGACAAAUGCAGCAGCAGCCCCUGCGCUAACGGCGCUCAGUGUUUGGACCUGGGUAACACUGUCAUGUGCCGCUGUCAGCCCGGCUUCACCGGCCACCGCUGCGAGACCAACAUCGACGACUGCGCCGGGAACCCGUGCCGCAACGCCGGCACCUGCACCGACGGCAUCAACGGCUUCACCUGCACGUGCACGCUCGGCUUCACCAGCAAGGACUGCUCGGUGCGCACCACGCCCUGCGAGCAGUUCCCCUGCAACAACGGCGGCACCUGCUACACCCACUUCAGCGGCCCCGUGUGCCAGUGUCCGCCGGGCUUCAUGGGCGCCCGCUGCGAGUACCCUGUCAAGAGUCCCACCACCAAGCCGCCCAAGAACGGAGACGCGCCCCCAGCGCUGGUCGCCGCCGUCACAUUCGGCUUGGUGACCCUGGCGCUGCUGGUGUGCGCCGCCGUCCACAUGCUGCGUCAGCUCCGCCGGCGCCGACAGCUCAUCGCCAUGUCCACGUCGGUGAAGAACGACCUGGAGACGGUGAACAACCGCAACGCAGUGAUCGGUGGCGGAGGAGGACACAACAACGGCGGCCUCCCGGGAGCGCCGCUGGGCAGCCUCAAAGAGAAGGAGGCCUUCCUCAUCCCCGGGGGCCACCUGAAGGUGUCCAAUAAGGACGCAGCGCUGGUGGAGAAGGGCGGCGACAACGUGUUCAAGAACAAAAUGGCAGACUACAACCUGGCAAAAGAGGAGUCGCAUCGGGACAAGAACAGGUUCGACCUGAAAAAAUGUGACUCGUCCAUCGUCGUCCCUCCGCUCACGUUCACCAUGGACGGACUCUAUCACCCGGUCUUCAUCAUCCCGGAGCAGAUGGAGCAGUGUGUGUUUGCUACUGAGGUAUAACCUCCAGUUUUCAGACCGACAGCGAAGGGAAUUCUGUUUUUAUUUUUAACGCUGAAGGUCUGAAACCUUUUUUCUAUCCAGGACAACCAGAGGAUCUAUUCCACCCACACCCUUUUUUUUAUAUUUAAUAUUUAUUACUGCUGCUCAACGGAAACAAACAAAAAAAAAGGAACUUGUUUUUUAUACUGCUUCGAUACUGACAAUGUUCGGAUGACAAUGAAAAAGAGAUAAAGACUGAAUGUCCGGCGUCAUUUGCACUAUUUAUCUUUAUUAUUUUUUUUACUACUAAAUCCUAAUAUAAUUUCCUUUCUAUCUGUUCUAUAUUAAUUCCUUUUGGAUCAAACAGAAGAUGUGAACUUUUUGCCAGUCUGGAAAGUCGGUUGCCUUCAUCUACGCUCCCUAAUCAAUGUGCCGCCACUUUCCACUUUUACAUUCAUUGAAUAAUCAGAGACUUUUUUAUUUUUGUGUUUUUAUUCGAGGUGAAACAGCCUGACCCUGUGAGUGACAUUUAAUUUUUUAUCGCCACGGCCGUCCAGUUAAUGAAAUGUUGGAAGACGCCUUACAAUCACCGUCCAACGAACCUAAAGACACUGAAGUGCCUCUUCUUAUAAAAAAAAACAAACAAAAAAAAAGAAUAAAUCCCAGGAAUCUCUUUCUUUAAUCCACCAGAGCCGGGUUUUAUCCCGGCUGAUGUGUAUUCUCCAGAUUUUGAGCCUAAAAUGUGAUUUCAGUGGAAUCGGGGAAGAGUUUGCACCUUUUUCUACAAAGAGUCCGACGUUCAGAUCAGUCUUUGGUGCUGCAGGUCGUAGAAAUUAAUUUUUCUCUGUUGCUGCCUUUUGUCAAACACUGCUGUCACGGCAAGUUAAAGAGAAAAAACUCUUCUACUGCAGCUUUAUUUACAGAAAACGUGUUUCUCUUUUAUAUCAGUGAAGGACUCCAAAGAGCUAUACAUAUAUAUAUAUAUGUGUGUGUGUGUGUGUGAAUUUAUAUAUAUAUAUAUAUAUAUAUAUAAAUUCCUUCUUCUUUUUUAUUCUAAUAAUCCAUUUGAUACCAAAAAUAUGUGUCGUCCCUGUGUAGUUUGUGUAUUUUUGUGCUAUCUUCGUUAAUUUAAGAAAAACAAUGCAAUGUGUACAUACCCUCCAGAAGAUAGUGUUUCCUAUUUAAUUUCGUCUUUUUGUAAAUAAUUUUGUAUUUAUGACAGAGAAUUGUAUAUAUGUCUAUGUUAAUGUGCCUAAUGUCUCAGUCUGAAUCAAGAAAUAUAUAUUUUUCAUAAAUAAAUUAGAAAAAUAACGUGAA